UGCCAUAUUGGGCCUUGUUCAACGCUACGAAACAGCGAGAAACAGGGCAGAAAGGGGGUGAGAGUCAGAGCAAUGAAUCAGGCGGUGCAGAAGAACACUCUCUACGUAGGUGGAUUGGCGGAGGAAGUGAACGAGGCGAUACUCCACGCUGCCUUCAUACCCUUCGGAGACAUCAAGGAUGUGAAGACUCCAUUGGACCAAGCCACACAGAAGCACCGUUCUUUCGGAUUUGUCACUUUUCUUGAGAGGGAAGAUGCUUCCGCUGCCAUGGACAAUAUGGACGGCGCGGAGCUCUACGGCCGAGUUCUCACCGUCAAUUACGCUCUCCCUGAACGCAUCAAGGGUGGUGAACAGGGUUGGGCUGCCCAGCCCAUAUGGGCGGAGGCGGACACAUGGUUUGAGAGACAACAGCAAGAAGAGGAAAUGCAGAAACUCCAAGCAGAGAAUAGGGCUGAUAUGAAGGCUGCAGAGGAAUUACACAGGAAAAAGAUGGCAGAGGAAAGAGAAGGUGAAAAGGAGGAUGGAGAUGCUGUCAUCAAGGAUGAUCCCAUGGCACAAGCUGAAGCUGAGGUUUUAAAAGAAAACCUGGACUCUUCUUAGUCCCCCAGCAAUUGCUCUGAAAAGCUCGUCUUAAUUCUUUUAGGAGAUUGUACUAUACACCUUUUUCAAAGAAAUUGUGAAAAAGAUUGUAGUGUGACUAAAAGUGAUAUCCUCCGUCCCUCUGGCUGUAUAAAUGUCUUAGAGGCCGUUUGGUGACUCUAUUUUUCUGUUUGUCAGGCUUAUCGAUCAACUUUUUAACCAAACACAUAAGUUUUGAUUUUGUGCGUUAAAUUCUGUAAUAAUAAGAAAAAGUAAAGUUGAAGUUACUUUUCUAGCUGUA